AGAGCAGCUGUCAGCAUCAGGAGGCGGGAUGUCUGUGAGUCAUGGCGCCAAGAAACAGGAUUGUUUUGUCAGAGUGAGGAAAAGAGAUUUAGAGAAGUUAACCACAGAAGUGAUGCAGCUGAGAGAGUUCCUGCCCAGCGUGCUGAACGGGGACCUGAUUGAAAUGCUGCAAAAAGCUCGAGCAGCUCAGACAAUGAAGGAAGACUUUGUGCAGGAACAGGAGCAGUUGAGACAGCAGUGUCAGCACCUUCAGUCCCGACUGGAUGCAGUGCAGACUGAGUGUCAGAAAGAGAGAGAGGAGAAGCUGCUGCUCCGUGAUCAGCUGUGGCAGAGUGGAGCUGAGCUGCAGCAGCAGGCCGACUUCUGCUCUGGUCUGGGAUCAGCAGCCGGCAGCCUGCUGUGGAGCUGCUCCUCCAGCCAGGACACAGUCACACGCUGGCUGGCUGACGGGAAGCUGCAGUCCUUCCUGUCCGUAGCGGCUCAGACUCUGGAGAGCUUCGUCACGUCUCUGGACCAGGAGACCAAAACUCAAACCGAGGACCACAACUCCCACGAGCACCAGUUUGUGCUCUCUCUGGCUGGAACCAUCACUAACAUAGCAGCAGUGAGCUGUGGGCGGGACUUCCUCUCCAGCUCAGCUCACGUCCUGUUGGACACUCUGAUGAAGCUCUUGGAGCUGAUGAAGCCGGGUGUCUUCCCCAAACUGAAAGUGUUGAUGCUGAUGGCUCUGUAUAACGUCAGCAUCAGUGUUAAAGGACUCAAGUGUAUCAGUGAGAACACAGGACUCCUGCCUCUCGUCUGGACCCUGCUGGACGACGGAGACUGGGAGGUGUGUCUUCACUCUCUGCGUCUCCUGCAGUCGGUGAUGUUAGAGGAGGAGGAGGCGCUCCUCCUGCAGGGUUCUCCUCUGCUCCAUCCAGACUUCCAGGCUCGUGUCAGCCUGCUUACCUCCAGUGUUCAGCCCAGCCUGAGACUGGCUGCCCAGCAGACUCUAGAGGACCUGCAGGCCCUCCAACAGGGUCGGGGCUGUAAACAGAGCAGCCUCUGAUGUGGAUUCAGUAUCUUCAGUCCAGUCUUCCUUCUGUGUUCAUUUUCAUCAAAGUUAAACCUUUAUAUUAAACUUUUAUUAAGCCUUUUAUAUCUAAACUUUAAAAGCUUUUGUUGGCUGUUGAGCCUUCACUUUGUGUUCUAAUGGUUGUUACCCAAUAAAUGUGAAUACAGUUUUCUACAAGACACAUUAAAUAUAAUGUUUCCACAAUUUCAGAGCACUGUCUCUCUAUUUUCAUAGACAUAUUCUACCUUUUUUCUCAUGUUGAUACAAUGAUAUUUGUUAUAUUCCAUGCAUCUGAUUCCUUUAUAAUCCAUGUAGAGCGUAGUAUGGUAUAUUGGUAUAUAUUUACCAUUUUGCAACAGAAGCAUAUGCACUAUCUAUGUUUAUUACAUAUUUAUUUACAAUGUAUUUAUCCUUCAUUUUUUACACUCAACACUUUUUAUACACCUUUUAUCACUCUUAUAAUGAUAGUUAGCUAUUAUUAUUAUUUAAAAAUAUAUAAUUAAAUACAAGGCUUGUUUUAUUAUUGAUUAAAAAAACUCUACCCAUCUA